UGCAGCUCCCUCGUCUCUGUCCUGUGGAUACAACAACUUGCAAGGAAGCAACCAAGUCUAAGAAAAGAACGACAAUGAGCGGCCACAAUAGCAAUAUGGAAACCAGAACGCUGCUUGACGAGCUCCGCAGCUUCGACAAGGGUGGCCUCUUCGACCUCGGUCAUCCUCUCCUCAACCGCAUUGCUGAAUCCUUUGUCAAAGCGGCCGGAAUAGGAGCGCUCCAAGCAGUAUCGCGGGAGGCUUAUUUCACCGCCGUCGAAGGUGCAGGAAUGGAUUCGACGGGUGGCGUGCCACCGGAGAUCGCUGGCGGCAAGAAAAAUCGCUUCCCCGAUCUCAGAGGAGAAACCAACAGAAAGUCUCUUGAUGCCUUGGUAAAGAACACUGGAAAAGAAUCUCUACAAUGGGGACUAGCUGCUGGAAUGUAUUCAGGUCUCACCUACGGGCUAAAAGAGGCUCGUGGAACUCAUGAUUGGAAAAACAGUGCAGUGGCAGGAGCAAUCACAGGAGUGGCGCUAGCAAUUACAUCAGAAGAUUCCACACAUGAGCAGAUUGUGCAAAGUGCCAUCACAGGUGCAGCUAUCUCCACUGCAGCCAACCUUCUGGCUGGGAUAUUUUAAAGUUGGGCCCAGCCCAGGAAGUUGGUUUCUUUUUCUCGUUCUCUUUUGAAUGAUGUGAUGAUUAGAAGGUUUUCAAGGAGCCUUAGGUCCCGAAGUGUUUCAAACACCAGAACCAAACGCUUUUUAACUAUUAGAAAGAGUUUUUUUGCAUUAUCUUCUUAGCUUAUAUGAAUCUGAUAGUUGAAUGGAUGUCAGUGUGUUA